AUGGCAAUCCAUCCAUUAUUGUCAGUGUUCUUUGCCUGGUUCCUGAUCUCACACGCCCAGAUCAUCUCCGCCAACGGGCUGACUUUUGAUUCUGACGACGUGGUGAGUCUGGCUUGGUCUUAUGAGAGCAAGGGAACAGCGAGGUACGAUCUCUAUUUAUGUGCUGGCGACGAGACCACAGACUCCUAUGACUGCCUAGCUCAAGUUGUCCAGGAGGGUACAUUUGCACCGGGGGAUUGGGUGUCUUUCCGCGUGAACCAGAGCGUGGGUGGAAAUGAGCCCAACGCAUACUUCCUGAAGAUUGUUUCUACUGGACCAAACGACUCCUGGUCCGGCUACACCUACCACUUUACAUUGACCAAUAUGAAAGGCUCAUUCCCCCCCCAAAUCUCCCACGCAAUCAGAUCCAUGACACCGGCACUUGCCCUCCCCUUGACCCUAGGGGAAGAAGAUCGUCUCCUCGAAGAAGGCCCCAACCCAACCCCGACAUCCAAGCAGUCAGCCCCCAUGGGAAACACAGAAUCCGUCCUCCAGUUCCCAGCCCCAAUCGAAAACGAGAUCCAUGGCAACGAACUACGCAAACGCCAGGACCUGGGCAUGCACACCGUGCCCUUUGGGAUGCAAACUGGUCCGACCAAGUAUGCUCCAAUGCCGAAACGUGCCGGCAGUACUAUCUUAGACAAGUCGCCUACGCCACAGUAUCCGCCGUUUCCUUUCGUUAUUGCAACGACCUAUCUGGGUGAACCGACGGUUCAAACAACCCUGUCGGAGUAUCUGUCUGCGACGGUAGCCGCCACUGAGAAUAAUGUUGCUCCCGCGGCUGCCCCAACGCUGGAUAAGAGGAUGCAGCAAUGGCUGGAGCGGUGGAAGGAUUAA